UAUACGUAAAAAGUUUCACGUGAUGAUCAAUGCGUGAAAAAUGAAAAGUGAAAAAUUCACGUGAAGUUACAUGAUUGACUUCCAGAUUCUUUCGUUUCAUGUAAAAACGCUAAAUAAGUUUAAUUUUAUCCACUUUUGAGGUGAGGGAUUUAAAUUGUAUAAUUAUCUUUUAUUUUUAUUGCGAAUAUGAUGAAAAAGAAGAAAAUGACUCAUUUACCAGCCAUACCAUCAUCGCUUUUUCCUUGGAUAAUUGUGAUUUUAUCACUUUGUUUUAUAAACAGUUAUGAUGGAGACUUUGUUUUUGAUGAUACUGAAGCUAUUAUCAAUAACAAUGAUGUACGUGAUACAUCAUUCUGGAAAAUAUUCCAAAAUGAUUUUUGGGGUACUAAAUUAUCCCAUAAACGAAGUCACAAAUCAUAUAGACCUUUUACCAUUCUUAGUUUCAGAUUACAAUUCUGGCUAAGACAGGACUUAGUUUCACAAGACUAUCAUAUAGUAAACAUAAUAUUACAUAGUCUAAUUUGUCUAUUAACUUUGUAUGUAUAUAAUAUAUUUUUGGGGCCAGAAGGACAAAAUAUCUCAUUUUAUGCUGCAGCUUUGUUUGCAGUCCAUCCUGUUCAUACAGAAGCUGUAUCUGGAAUUGUAGGACGUGCUGAAUUAUUAUGUAGCUUGUUUACAUGGUUAUCAAUAUUAUUGUAUAAUCAUAUAAUAUAUAUAAAAAAUACAUUACAUGCAUGGGCUGCUAUGGCCAGUUUUGCUAUUUGCGUAAAUAUAGCAAUGCUGUGUAAAGAAACUGGAAUCACUGCUAUUGGUAUUUGCGCAAUAUAUGAUAUAGUUAUAGUGAGCAAAAUAUAUCCCAUUGAUAUAAUUAAUCUUCUUCUGUUUAAACAUGCUAAUAGAAAUUUAAUUAAUUUUAUUAAAUAUAAAAAUACUUUAUUAAGACUUCUUAUACUUUUUCUCCUUACAAUAAUACUUUUAUUUCUACGGUUUAAUAUUAUGGGAUUUUCUACUCCAAAAUUUCAAUCAGUAGAUAAUCCAGCGUCUUUCAUGAAUAACACACUGUUUCGUAUACUUAAUUAUAACUAUAUAUAUUGCCUGAAUAUAUGGUUACUUAUAUGUCCUUUAUGGCUUUGUUUUGAUUGGUCAAUGGGCUGUGUAUCUCUAAUCACUGGCUAUGACUAUAGAAUUUUUAUAGUCAUUAUUUUCUGGUUCAUCUUUGGAACAUUAAUUAUAUACACGUUUAUAUCUCAUAAGAAUAAAACUUUAAGGACACACACACACACACACACACAAAAUAUGGCUCACUAUAUCUUUCUGAAUUUUAGGAAAGAUUUUUCUACAGCAUGGAUGAAUCUGGGUAUAGUUCAAUCAGCAUUGAAAAAAUAUGAGGAAUCAGAAGCAAGUUAUUUUACAGCUCUACAACACCGACUAAAUUAUCCAGAUUGUUAUUAUAAUUUAGGCAUCUUAUAUCUAGAACAAAAGCAAUAUGACAAAGCAUUAAAAGCUUGGAUAAAUGCGACCAAACAGAAAUCCACACAUAGACGAGCAUGGACAAAUAUGAUAUUACUAUUAGAUGAUUUAGGUAAGACAGAAGAAGCAUUAAAAAUGGCAAAUAAAGCUUUGAAGUUUAUUCCAGAUCAUGCUUCUAUUUAUUUCAACAUUGCUAAUAUUUUGGGAAAAGAAGGAAAAUAUGAAGAAGCAGAAAUUCAAUUCAAACAAGCAAUAUUAAAAAAUCCUAUAGAUCCUAUGAUUUAUACAAACUUAGGUGUCUUAUAUCAUCGUUGGAAUAAAUUAAAUGCAGCAGAACAAAUGUAUAAAACAGCAUUACAGUUGAAGCCAGAUUUAUAUAGUGCAAAGGACAACUUACAAAGAUUGUACAUGUUAAAGGCAUCAAUAAAAUAAUUUUUGUUGUCUCUUA